AACAUGAAUUAAAUUAAGAAGAGACGGCAGCGCCACGAUACAAACUAACGGCAAUGUCCGGAGAUUGUAUACGGGCUUUAAUAUGGCGCAUGCGCAUUUAAGAGAUAUAUCUCUCUUAUACCAUCAUCACCACCACUACCUACCAUUACCACCACCACCACCACUACCACCACCACUACUGUCGUCGCGUUGUCGUGCGCUGUCCCGCCGCCUGCGGACGAACCGAAAUAAAUCGAACGCGACGCCGAGUCGAUCAGCAGCGGAGUAAAGGUGCUACUACGCUACUACGGUGGACGCGACCGUUUUUCGCGUUUAGUGAUGAUCAGGACGAGCCGUUCUUGUUUUCGUCGACGUUGUUAUUCGUGGCAUUGCGUUAAAACGAAAUAGCGUGCCACCCACAAAAGAAUAAAAUCAAGAGAAACGCAACGUUAACCAACGAUAAAUAAAUAAAUAAAUAAAUAAAUAAAUAAAUAAAUAAGUAAAUAAAUAAAUAAACAAACAAAUAAAUAAAUAAAUCUCUUACUGAGAAUUAUUCUGACAAAAUAAGAGAAAAAUAAUAAGAAUAACAAGCAAGUGAAGAAGAGUGGGAGGAGAAGGAGUAAGAAAAAGAGGAAGAAGAGAAAGAAGAGGAAGAAAAGGAGGAGGAAGAGGAAGAAGAGGAGGAAGAAGAAGGAGCUAACUAACGAACGAACGAACGAGAAGGAACGAGGACACGCGCUUCGUUGCUCGUCGCUGUCGCGGCCACGGAUGCAUAUGGAGGUGUCCCCGAACCGGCGCUGUCUGAACCAGCUCAACAGCUGAUCGGAGUACGAAGCGGCGGUGAACGGGGCCACUAUUGCACCACCACCCCGCAUAUUUGCAAGAAAUCGGAACCGAUAUAAUCGUUGAAGAGUAACGAGAGAUCUUAAAGGCCACGUUCGAAAGAUUUGUGGGAGAGAGAUCAAGAGAGAGAAGUUAAGAGAGAGAGAGAGAGAGAGAGAGAGAGAGAGAGAGAGAGAGAGAGAGAGAGAGAGAGAGAGAGAGAGAGAGAAAGAAAGAGAGAGAGAGAGAGGGAGAAAGAGAGGGAGAGGAAAGAACGAGCAAAAGAAAGAGAUAAAGAGAAAGAAGAAAAAAGGGAGAUAGGGUGAGAUUAUAAAAAAGGAAAGACAAUUGAAGAAGAAGGAAAAAAGAAGAAGAGGAAGAAAAAAAAGAGAGAGAAAGAGAGAGAGAGAGAGAGAGAGAGAGAAGGUGUGUUGUAAAAAUAUACAGGGGGCUACAGAAACAAAGAAUUUUUUUAUUCGCUUGGACACGGCAUCAUGGUCAAAACUUUCCAAGCGUAUCUGCCCUCCUGUCAUCGCACUUACUCGUGCAUUCACUGCCGUGCUCACCUCGCCAAUCACGACGAACUCAUCUCUAAGGUGAGCUCUCUCUAUCAGUCCUUCCAAGGCAGUCAAGGUCGUGCCUAUCUCUUCAAUUCUGUGGUAAACGUGGGUUGUGGUCCUGCCGAGGAACGCGUACUCUUAACCGGCCUUCAUGCGGUCGCCGAUAUUUACUGCGAGUGCUGCAAGACGACUCUCGGCUGGAAAUACGAGCAUGCCUUUGAGUCAAGUCAAAAGUACAAGGAGGGCAAGUUCAUAAUCGAGCUCGCCCACAUGAUCAAGGAGAAUGGAUGGGAAUGAAACCUUCUUAGGGGAAAUUUCGAUUAAUAUUCCCCCUGAUCUUGAAUCGCUUGCGUCGAACUUCGUUCAUUGAUGAUAAUGAUGAUGAUGAUGAUGACGAUGAUGAUGAUGAUGAUGAUGAUGAUGAUGAUGAUGAUGAUGCCUCUCCUAUUGCGACGACGAAGACGACGAUUACGACUACGAUGACGACAAAUAGAAAUAACGUCUUCGUUCUAAUAUCGUAAAGUGCGCGGCUCAUCUUCAACCACUCCCUCUCAUUCCCCUCAUUCCCAUCCCCACUCACUCACUCACUCACCUACCCCUUGUGUCCACUCUCCUUAUUCCUCGCCCUCAUUCCUCUACCUUCUUACCACUUUCUCAAGCUCAAGCUGUGAACCAAACUCCCCAAUCCACAACCCUCCUAAUCCAAUCCAAUCCCAAGCAAACCUCCAAAACACCCCUCUCUUCUUCACUCUCUGUCGAACCACCAACGAAAGUCUGUGAUUUCAUUUGUGAUUUCUAAUCUUAGUAACGUUUAUGUUUCGGACAAUUCGACGGCUUCGAAUAAAAGGACGAGGACGAGGAGGACAAGAACUAGAACGAGAAUUAGAACGAGAACGACAAGAACGCAACCGAUUUUUGCUUCUUUUCGAUCGACUCGAAAGACGAGCGAUGACAUCGGUGAAUGAUCCGCAUUAUGCGUAUGCGGAUCCUAUUCGCCGAUAAUAUAUUAAUUGUGUAAAGAAAUUUUAUUUUUCGAAAGGACCGCGCGCACGCGCUCACUCUCUGACGCGGCCGCGCAAUAUAUAUAUACACACACGCAUAUAUAUAUAUAUAUAUAUAUAUAUAUAAAUAUAUAUAUA